CCAGUAGUGUGCCAGGAGAGGGAAGAUUUUGGCUCUUAUCUGGAGCCGGACCUCAGGCUUUCAGAUGUCCCCUUCAUUUUUGCACAGCAGGCAGGAGACUUACCCCUCCCCAGUUCUGCACUUGGGGGAUCUGUGCAGGGUAAAGAAGCCAUCCAGGUGCCUCCUCACCUUCUGACCCUUCUUAGAAACCCUCUUUCCUGAACAAGCUUUAGGACUUGUACCCAAGUUUAAGUCUGGGAUUUGAACCUCUCUCCCACCCUCCCCCGACUAUGGCAGUUAGGUGGCGUUUUUUGUUUUUUUGUUUUUGAGAAAGAAUCUGGAGUAUCCCAUGCUGGAUUUGAACUAGCCAUUGUUGCAAAGGAUGACCUUGAACUUCCGAUCCCAACCGCCUCCACCUCCUGAGUGCUGGAGUUACAGACUUGAGUGAUUGCUUUCCUGAGGCUCUAACCCAGGCUCUCCUGCAUGCUAGGCAAGCAUCUAGCAACAGAGCCACAUCUCCAGCUCCCACUGUGAUAGUUGGGCGAUGCCCUGCUGCUCACCCCUUUGCUAGCUGGGAAUUUGAGCAGAGUGUCCUUACAGCUCCUGUGUGGAUUGGGGGAGGGUGCAGGCCCCUGGGUGUUCUGCCCAGAAUCUCCCACACCCUUAGUGGUGAGUCAUUUUAUCUGGUCCCAGCCCAAGGGGUCUGUGCCCACACUCGGGGCCAGGUGGGAGGAGGGGUUGAGAACCAGCUGUUGGUCCCUUCCCCCAACAUCCUUGGCAGAAAACUAAGAUGAACUGGACUUAAUAGGCACCCUCAGGUCUCCCUUGUCCCGUGGUUUCUCAGAGUGAGACCCCUUCAAGGGCUUUGGGAUGUGAGGAAGUAAAGUGAGCAAGUAGAGAUUAUUAUUUCCUGGGUUCCUAUAUGGCAGAGCAACAACACCCAAGCUGGAAUUUCGGAAGGAGUUUUAAGGGAGUGAGUGAGAAUUACGUUACCAUCACUCUUUCCUUGGAGUCCAAACAAUCUGCCUAUGAGAUGGGUGGGGCACGAGGUGUCACCUCCUCCAUCCUGUCGUCCCCCACCCCCCAGUCUGAGCUAAACUUUCAGCCCUCAGGCCACGAUGGUCAUCCCAGGAUAAUCUAAAACUUCGGCUCUCCCCAGGGCCCAUGUGGAGGAAACUUGUGAUGUCAUGGCCACUGUACCUGGUGGUCUUGGGAUGGACGGUCCUUCCAUUCCUUUCCCUGUCUGGGGGUGGGGAUGGAGUGGUUCCCAAAGGUGAACUGGGAUUCAGGUCUUGGCUGUACCGCUUACUGUCUGUGCGCCUUUGCAGAAGUCACGUGUCUCUUUUGUGCUCUGAGGGGAGCAACAGGCCUGGGAGAGUUGCCGGAUGCUUAUGACAGGGAGAUGCCUUCCCAGCCAUGGCUAAAGGAUGGGUGGGAGCUGCAGAAGGCAGCGAUAAUCCUCCCUCUCUCCUAGCCAAGCCCUUCCUUGUGUUCUCAGGUCCCAUCUGAUGAGGGCCCUCUGGGAAGGUGCUCGUGGAUGAUCAUGCCUGGAGGCUUUGCUGGCUUUAAAUGCCAGGUGUAACAGCAAGGAUGGUGAUGACGGGUGGGGAGAACCCGAUGUAGGAUGAGUUCCCAGCCUUCAGCACCCUGGGCUCAGGCGUGGGCUGGGUGCCAAGGCUGGCUGCUCUUCCCAGCCCUGGGCCUUUGAGACAACUUCUGAAAGUAGGUCCGUCGUCCCCCCCCCCUCCCGUCCCCCCCCCCCUCCGGCCACUGUCAUCAGAAAAGAAGCUGCUCUUUUGCCUGGUCUAUGGUCCAUUAGGUGAAAUUCUGGUAUGGUGGUCUGUAAGCAUUUCUGCCCAUGGCUCCUCCAAAUCUUUCUGAAUCAUUUCUUUUUGCUGUGGUAGAGAGUGAACCCAGGACCCCAAGCAUGCCAGGUCUUCUGGCAGGGCUGAGGGACACCACAGCCCAGCAGACCACCUUGUACCCACUCGUGGGCCGUGUGUUUGUGCACCCUUUGGAACAUGCCACCUUCCUGCGCCUGCCAGAACACAUCGCGGUGCCACCUACCGUCCGACUCACCUACCAGGCCCACCUCCAGGGACAUCCAGACCUGCCCCGGUGGUUGCGCUACACACAGCGCAGUCCCUAUAACCCUGGCUUCCUCUAUGGCACUCCCACUCCGGAAGAUCGUGGGCGCCAGGUCAUCGAGGUCACAGCCUACAAUCGCGACAGCUUUGACACCACUAGACAGCGGCUGCUGCUGCUGAUUGAGGACCCUGAAGGUCCCCGGUUGCCAUACCAAGCCGAGUUCCUGGUGCGCAGCCAUGAUGUGGAGGAAGUGCUGCCCUCCACCCCUGCCAGCCGCUUCCUCACCGCCUUGGGGGGACUCUGGGAGCCAGGGGAGCUCCAGUUGCUCAACAUCACUUCUGCCUUGGACCGUGGAGGUCGCGUCCCUCUUCCCAUCGAGGGCCGGAAGGAAGGGGUAUACAUCAAGGUGGGCUCUGCCACACCCUUCUCCACCUGCCUGAAGAUGGUGGCAUCACCGGACAGCUCUGCCCGUUGUGCCCAGGGACAGCCUCCAUUACUGUCCUGCUAUGACAACUUGGCACCCCAUUUCCGUGUUGACUGGUGCAAUGUAUCUCUGGUGGACAGGUCGGUGCCGGAGCCCCUGGAUGAGGUGCCUACUCCAGGUGACGGGAUCCUGGAGCAUGACCCAUUUUUCUGCCCACCCACUGAGGCCACAGGCCAAGACUUCCUGGCAGAUGCCUUGGUCACCCUCUUGGUGCCUCUGCUGGUGGCGCUACUGCUCACCCUGCUGCUGGCUUAUGUCAUGUGCUGCCGGCGUGAAGGACGGCUGAAGAGAGACAUGGCCACCUCUGACAUCCAGAUGGUUCACCAUUGCACCAUCCACGGGAAUACGGAAGAGCUUCGGCAGAUGGCAGCCAGCCGUGAGGUGCCUCGGCCUCUUUCUACCUUACCCAUGUUCAACGUACGCACGGGAGAGCGGCUGCCUCCUCGAGUGGACAGCGCACAGGUGCCCCUCAUCCUGGACCAGCACUGAGAGCCCUGCCAGUUCAGUUCCAGCUGCACCCCUCAGAGCCGCUGACCUGUGACUACGUCCACCGCUGAUUCCAGCUGCUAGCCGACUUGGACCUCCUGCUCCAGACAGGCAGAUGGAUGGGGUAGUGGGGGGACGGCGCUUGGGGUCAGCACCCAAGAAUAAAUACCGGCUGCUGUGUUCA